AUGUCCACUGUACAGAGAUAUUCGGCGGCAAGAUCGGACAAGGACGAGGUUGAGGUGGAGACCGGCUAUGGCACGAUCAUGUCUACAAGCGCAGGCCACCUGCUACGUGACCAAAUAAUGCGACAAACAGGUCUUCUCCGCCAAUUCAGAUGUGUUGAACUCGAGAAAGAUGACGAACUGCAAGGCAUAGUGGCCAUGAAUCGAGGUCGAUGGGUAUUAGCCAAUGACGAAAAUAAGGCGGGGAAAGAGGAAUUCAGCAAAGGUUGA